AUGACUUCUCCGUUUUUUGCGCUGGUAACGACGUGCGUCUUACUCUACAUUCAACUUGCAACAGUAGUGAAUGGCCAAACGUCGCUUAGCCAGAGCGACAUGAAUGAGAUUGCCAAGGGAAUGCGAAAGAUAUGUUUGUCCAAGCAUAAAAUCUCUCAAGAAAUGGCCGACUUCCCUGGUCAGGGCAUUUUCCCAGAUGAUGGCGACUUUAAGUGUUACGUCGCCUGCCUAAUGGAUCUUACGCAAACUUCUAAAAGAGGAAAACUUAACUACGAUGCUGCUGUGAAGCAGAUUGACAUCCUUCCGGAAGAGUACAGGAAACCGUUCCGACUCGGGCUAGAUUCUUGCCGCACCGUUGCUGAUGAUAUUGCCGACAGAUGUGAUGUUGCCUACGCGCUGCUCAAGUGUUUCUUCAAGGCCAGCCCAAAAUUCUUUUUUCCAUAA